AUGGCGGCCAGCAAGAAGAAAGUAGCCUACUUUUACGAUGGGGAAUUUGCUCAGUUCUACUUUGGCCAGAACCACCCCAUGAAGCCGCACCGCCUGGCGAUGACUCACCAGCUGGUGCUGGGCUACGGGCUCCACAAGCACAUGGAGGUCCAUCGCGUGGCCAAGGCGUACCCCCACGAGCUCGCCCAGUUCCACACCCAGGCCUACGUGGACUUCCUCUCGCGCAUCACGCCCACAAACGCACACCAGCACCCACAGGAGAUGCGGGACCACAACUUCAACGAGGACUGCCCCGUGUUUGGCGGCCUGCUGUAUGCAGGCGCGUCCAUCCAGGGCGCCGCGCGGCUGAACAACGGUCUGGCCGACAUCGCCAUCAACUGGGGGGGCGGGCUGCACCACGCCAAGAAGAGCGAGGCGUCAGGGUUCUGCUACGUGAAUGACCUGGUGCUGGGCAUACUGGAGCUGCUCAAGCGGCACGCGCGGUGA